AUGCGAAUCCUUGCGCUGGCAAGCAUACUACCCCGCACUGAGAACAUAAAGAGUAGUGCUGCACCCUUUUUUCACUUGUGCUUUUCACAUGAAGGACAGCCACUGACCGACAAGAACAAAACCGACCCAGGAAACUUGGGCAAGCGCCCCGAUCCUGUGUAUCAAUCCGUGAAAGCAGGUUUGUACGUUAUGACGGUACACAACUUACCGAAGGCGGGUUCCACGAUAUCAGCAUUAGUUGACGAUGUUCGAAUUGAGGGUGAGGUUCUCUGUAUUGAUGAGCCAAAGAAACUGGUUGUCAUACUGCAACAUAGUUUAGAAACCAGCUCGUCAACCGGACGUAGAGAUACCUGCGACAUAAUAUUUGCGAGAACUGAGUUCUUAAAGGAGGUAAAAAUGCUAAAAGAAGGUCCUCUGCCUAGUUUUCCGGAGCUGAGUAUCAACAAAAUAGCGGAGCGUAUACGCAAAAAUGAACGCACGCAACAGGAAAAGCAGAAAUUUUACCGGCCAGAUGUACCCCCUGAGGUACGGAAUUUAGCAGAGCAUAUAGAAAAAACUUUGUUCGAUGUAGUAUGGAGUGACCCCAACAUAGUUGUGAUGGAGCAUUCGAUCAUUAGUCCCCCAUACAAAGAGGACAACUCUGUCGUUGCAACUGCUCCCGUGUCUGCUGAAGGGUACACAGUGGACGUCACCUCCUUGUUCGCGAGUCACCUGGGUAGCCACCUAUUCAGCAACGUUCAUGAACUGGCACACUGCAUUAAGCAGUUCGAGCGAACAUCAGGAUCGUACUACAGCCGCCAAAGACUUCGUAGUCACUUGCGCCUUAAAAGUGAACCUGAUAGUUCUAUAGCUUUGUAA